AGGUCAGCAAUGGAUGUCAAAAAGUCUGUUAGCCCCACCAACGCCCAGCGCGCCCUUCCGUUGACAGGACCCGUUUUCUAGUAGCUUCCGGCUCGGCGGUGGGGAGCUACCGGCCGCCGAGUGAGUUGACCGUGGGCCCGCCAAGGUCCGAUGAAUUGUGUUUCCCGCUGUCCGGGAUGCCGGGACAUUAACACGGGUUUAGUUGACGGAGCCAAGAUGUCGUUAGCAUUUCACCACCACACUAGUGUCGCGAUGGACCAUGGAUGCAUGCAGCCUGGGGCAUGUGCUUGUGGGGGCAUUCAUCCGAUACCGAGCUUAGGGACCCGGUCCCUCCGAAACAACGCCUACCACCAUCAGUACCUACCUACUUUACUCCGGUACAGUGACGCGGUAAGAAAGCUUGUUCAUGACCAUGAGAUGGCCAUCCUGCGGGGGAAAAGGGCGAGGGCGGGGUUCUUCAGGUUCGUCAGUGGUCACCAAUUAAAGUUAAAUGACGUUGCAUCAGCCCAAAAAAAGCAGCCCCGUUCCGCUCGGAAAUCGGCUAGCGAGGGCUCGGAGGACCCCUGCCAGCCUCCAGGACAGGAGCGGGAGCUAGGAAACUGUAACUUGCGCCGGCCACUCUCUGAAGCCUGGAGGUUGCAGCUUGAUGAUAUUGGGGAAGUAGUAUCUGGCUUUCUUGUGUUUCUCAUGUUUGUUGAGUAUUUUCGAUGGAAUGAUGGUUAUUCAAGUGGGGGUGCCCCAGGUCUGGUCUUGUCCCUCGAUUGCUACCUGGCUAAACACAGUGAUCAGUGACGAGUGUAAACUCAUAUGCAUGUUGACGUGGUAUCACACACAAAUUCUCAAAACAUCAUCUCGAAUAUGAGAGUUGACAUGUCCAUGAGGAGACUAUGGAAACUCUAAUCAACAAAGGAUCGAUGUGGGACAGAAUAUGCCGGUGGGAUGGAAGAGUGCGAGUUGCGCGCAAGAAUGAUAAGACUAGAAAGAAUCGAUUGCACGGAGUCAAACGUAGCGACAAGAGUGAAUCCUAGCGCAUCCGAUGCAAGAUCUUCC